AUCCACGGGGCCAGCCAUUGUGUCGAGAUGAACGGUGCAAAGUUCGUGUAUCGAAUUGUCCCGAUGCGCAGACAAGAAUCAUCGAACGGAUCGGAACCGAUCACCUGUCUCGAGGAAGUCGCAGCUUAGCGCAGGUUCCCAUAGGGAAAGUAAUCGUGUUCGCUCGAAUUGACGGUAUAAAGAGACUCUGGCUCUUUCACCGAAUAACUCUCGGUAUGCACGGUCGUGUCGAGAGAAGAAAGAAAGGCAGGUUUCGAUUUCGAUGGGCCUUGGAGGUCGCGGAAGAGCGUGAUGGCGUUUAGUAUAAUCGUCCCCUCCAUGGGCAAUUGGACGGAUUUGAAGAAAGUCGUCGUUGUGAAGAAGAAUACACUCCAUACCGCGCGAAUCUUUCUCUCUCUUCCUACCUCUUUUCAGCUAUGUACGUGUCUGCAUGUACCACGAACACAAAUACCAAUGAGACAUGUGCACAUCGAGGAGCCCCGGAGAAAGGUGCUGCUCCACCGUCUUCGAUAUUAGAGAGGAGCUUCUUGAGGAGCGGUGGCCUCAAGGUGGUGGUGGCAUCGAGUAGGGAGAAACGGGCCCCUGGGCUUGAUCUGUCCUCAGUUCCCAUGCGAGGCUUCGCUCGAUAUCGUCCAGCACGAUCGUCUCGAGCGGUAUCAUGUCGCGAAUCAGCCGUCUCUAACGCGAGAAUCGGCCGAUGAGAGAAGUGCGUGACCCUUUCCACGGAUCAAACGAGGAAGAGGGACGAAGAACGACUGCAACAUGCGGUUCGCUAAGCUGGCAUUCUUGGCGGCGACGCUUCUCGUCGCCGCGGCUUUCGCCAAGGAGGAGAGCUCAUCGAAGAACCGCGAUAAACGUCAGCAACUCGCCUUCCUGCGAAAGGGCGGUCGUCUGCCGCCAUAUGCAGUGCAGAUGGAACCGAUAGUGCAAUACUCUCAAAGGGAUCCUCUGUAUAAUCCUUUGGCGAGUCCGAAGAGUGAUGAUCUGUACGAGGAGAAUCCAUUAAGUUACUAUCCAACGGAACCUGAGCCGAUUAUUGAGAUCAUUAUUAAAGAAUCGAAUGAAUCUUUGCCGACUCCAGCACCACCACCGCCUCCACCUCAACCACGACCAACUAAGGAACCUAUUCAGGUGUUUUAUGUGAAGUACGAGAAGAAAAAAGGUUACGGUGACAAGACUCGAGUCGUCUACGAUCCGCCGAUUCCCGCGCUGACGCCAGUGGAGGAGCAUGAGGAGAUUAAAUCGGAUAAUCAUGCGCCGUACGCUGAGGAACCGACACAGACAGCAACGUUGGCGCCACUUGCGGAACCAUCGACAACUUUGCGCGCUAUCAUUCGACCUGAUAGCGAAGUAUAUCACUCCGGCGGUAGCGGCAUCCGUGUGACUUUCGGCACCGAGCAGGUACCACCCAAUAGUCACAGCAAGCGCAGCGAUUUGGAAACGCCCAAUAGUGCGCAACAGCAUACUAGCAAACCGACGGCAGCUCCGGGAUCGCCGAAAAGACAACAUGGUCCCUAUCAACCGCUACAACCAGUGGUGCAUCCUCCGCGAGUGCCACCUGCAUUUCCACAACAACGUAUCGUUAACUCGUUCCCACCUCAGCAACAAGCGCUGCAGCAACCGCCAACAUUUUUACAGCAGCAGCAGCAGGCGCCGACGUUCUUGCAACAACAGCAGCAGCAGCCACCAUCACCACCACUACCAUCGCAUCAUCAAGCGUUUCCGGCUCAGCCUUUGAGAAAUCCAUCAUCACCGCCAUCGAGACCGCCGCAGCGGCAUCCUAUAACAAUUCAGGGUUUGCCAGAAGUGCAACAACGCGCGCCGUUUAAUAAUUUCGGACCGCCACCGCAUCGUGUCAACAUCAAUCACCCGCAGCAACCCGGAUUCCCACCCACUUUAUCGAUAUCGCAUCAGAGUGUGCACUUGCAAAAUCAACCAUUACCAUUACCACAAAAUAACUUUGCGGAACCGCCUCAACAACCGCCCCAACAACCGCCUCAACAACCGCCUCAACAAUUGCCUCAACAACUGCCACAACAACUGCCACAACAACCACUAUCUAUUAGACCUGGAGGCUUUAAUUCGGAAUCGCAACAACCUUUGCCAAGGCCAAAUAGUUUCAAUGUUGAACUCCCACCACAAUCACUACCUCCAUUCAAACAGCAGGAACUGGAAAAGCAGCGGUAUCACGAGCAACGACGACAGCAAGAACUGUUAAAGCAACGAGAACAUCAACGACAACAUGAGCAGCAGCGACAUCAGGAACACCAACGAUUUUUGGAGCAACAAAGACAAAUCGAGCAACAGAGAUUAUUAGAGCAGCAGAGGCAGCAGGAACAUCAGAGGCAACAGGAGCAUCAAAGACUCCAAGAACAGCAGCGAUUGCAAGAACAACAACGGCUACAGGAACAGCAACGUCUACAGGAACAGCAACGUCUACAGGAACAGCAACGUCUCCAAGAACAACAACAAUUGCAAGAACUACAACGUUUGCAGGAACAACGUAGGCGGAAGCAGGAACAGGAGCAAAAGCUCCUUCAAGAACAACAUUAUCGCGCGCAACUUAAAUAUAAUCAGCCGCAGCUUCAACCUCAACGAUCGGCAGGCGAAAUCUUUAAAGCCGUUCCAAAGCUGGAGCAGCAUUAUUCGAUCAGAGAGAAUCCGCUACAUCCUGGUCCGUUCCCACCAAAUCCCACGAUAGUCCAACCAACUGCGUUUCCUGAAAUUUCUCAGAACCAGUUUGUUUCAGCGCAACCGCUCAAUAUUCUUCACGAUCCCGAGCAACUGUCCGGGAAUCUACCGAGUCGUUUCAUCUCGACCGAUACUCUUCAGCAGCAACAUCAACAAUUAAACGCGAAACAUCAAACCUAUCAAAAUAAUCAACAGAGCUUCUUCUCCCAGAAUCGUCCGACGUCGGAACAACGACCGCAGAUCGCUUCCUCUCAAACGCAAUCUAUAUGGGGCAGCCGGCCGAUAUUCCAGAAUAAUCCCGCGCAGAAGAUCUAUGCGACGCCAGUUAGCCCUUCUGAAGAGUUCAACUCGCUGUCGACCGUUAAAACAUUCCUACCGACAACGACAACGACUACCACUACUACGACCACCACCACGACUACCACUACCGAGGCACCAACAACUCUCUCGCCGAACAAGGCGGCCAAGAUCAAGGAGAACAUCGCCAAUCUGCCGGACGAAGUGCCUGAUGAUAUCAGGGAACAGCUAUUGAGUUCCGGGAUCCUGGGCAACGCCGACAUACAGAUUCUCGAUUACGACAAGAUUGGCGACAUACCUAUCGAGAAACUACCGCCGGAAGCGCUGGCGAAUUUCUACGGCGCCGGAGGCGGUACGGCGAUCGCCGCCGGCAGCGAGCCCGUGCCAGCGAUCGCCAGGAGGCCGGUGACGAAGACGACGCAGCGUAUAUCGAGCGGAGGGAACUCAUCGUCGAAGAAGUCCACCGUCCCUACGAGCGGCUCGACUAAGUUCGAACAGGCUACCUUACGACCUGGCGGCGUUGAGAUGAAAGUAGUACGCUUUGAUCCGAAUACGGAGCAAGGCCGGGCCGUUGCGGAGCAGCACAUACGGGACGACGCGACCCGGCUCGAGCCGGUAACCGUGGGAGCCGGAGACCCCCUUCAAUACAAUCGUUACUUACCGCUUAAAGUGAGCGGUGCGUCCUUCCCGAUACCAGACGUGCCAGAGCUCAACGGCCGCAAGAUCUCGAGCGUCGUGGUGCUAGCACCUGUCGACUACGACUUUCUCGGCGGCGAGGAGAAGGAGAUCACGGAUUCGCAGCGGCACGGUAGAAAGAUCAGUGGCGACGCGCAGCCGGUCAGAUUUCUCGCCGGAGACACCCUCAAACAGCUCGUGAAGAAGCCCACCGCGGAGAACUACAAGAAGUGGCUCGAGCAGGAGAGCCGCACCGAGCCGCAGAGGCAAUCCGUCGUGCUUCUCGUAACUAUGCCGAGAGACGGCGGCGAUCAGGGUGACAAGGAAAUCUUCAUGUAUGAUGUGACCUCUGGAUCCGUCAGCAAACUGGCCGGUGACCUUUCGACAGCUUUUGUAGACGCCGCCGAAAGCAAUUCUGACGGCACUGAUUCUAUCGAACAUCCCUUCUCGACAUACUAAUUUUAUUUAAAAAAAAAAGAGCUCUUCACUUUAGGUGCUUAAAACAUGAUUUGUUGUGUACGCAGAGAGAAUACUUUUUUCUGAAAGUUUCAUAAUUUAUUAUAUCCCCUAGUGUGCGUGUUAUUGCAUUUUAUACUUUAUUUUUUUACAUUUGUUUUUAUUUUAACUUCAUUCAAUUUAAACUAAUUAUCUCCUUACAUUGUUCCUGGUAUAAUUAAUCUAAUAUUUUUCAAAUGGUUUAAGUAAAAUUUAAUUUUUUAUCUCGUUCGUUCUUUUGCAAUAAGAAAAGAGGAAUGGACCUUUAUAAAUCGAUCGUAUAGUAAUAAAUACUAAACGUUGAUAUGUAAAAUAGUAUAAAAAAAGGCGGAUAUAUUUUCUGAAUUGUCACAUGAUGCAUUUUUAUUGCAAUUGGAAUAAAAACAGAAGUAGUUGGUUUUCAGAAUGAGGAGAGAGUCGCAGCGUGGCAAAUUAUGUACUUCAAAUUCAUAAGUAUUCUUGUAGAUAUCUUGAUUAUGUAUUAUUAUGUACAUAAGAAUAAUUUUGUACUUUUUUAUACAAAAUAAAACGCAGUCUCUUGAUGUUUGCACAUGUCUAUAUGUAUUUU